UCUACUUGGUUUACUCAAACUUUUGCAAAGCUGGUCAAACUGUUUUUUUCCUUGGGAAGGCGCAUGCGUCUGUCGUGUGGGCACCGGUCGGAAGGUCGUCGCGUUGGAGAAGGAGGCGAAGAUGAUCGAUUACCUUCAUGAGUUCGUGAAGGCACGCGUUGCAGACACUCGCAAUGCUUGCGAGUUUGCACGGUCCACCGGCGAACGAAACUGGGAUCCCAAACGUGACAUGUAUUGGAAAUUGUCGGGGAACAAAAGGACGGGCGUUUGGGACUUCCUGUUCAGACCCGGACCGCCUGGUCCGACGGACCUCGAAUACAGUCGACGGAGAAACCUGGUGUUCGCUGUGCUCAAUGGGUACCACGGUGCACCCAUGGAGUCUGUCUCGCACUUCCUGAGACGGCUGGAGCACGUUUACUUCACGCUGACCGAAAAACUCACUCUCGAAAACUACAAGUCACAGUUUGACGAGGAGGACCCUUUCAACGCUGAAGACAUGGAGGAGCUGAGCGACUCCGAAACCUUCGAUUUCAAGUCCAUGCCACUUCCUCGGGUGGUUGGACAGGUUGGUGAUGAAGAGGAAGGUGGCCCUCGGAGAUAUAGCACGUCCCCUGCCGGUUUGAAGCGUGUGUUUCGGGGCGAACCAGUCGACAACCAAUCGUCUGAUGACGCGGAGGAAGAGAGAGACUAUGAUCACGAACCUUGUGACAGGCUCCCUGUGGACCAUGACACCUGGCAGAAUGACAGACUCUACUUCUUCGGCAAGCAUCACCGGUUCAUGUCGGAGGAUGUCUGGGGACACAACGUCGUCUGGCACCCGAGGAUAUUCCAACGUGCUGUGAGGAAUGGAAUAUGGGUCAUGGCAAUAAAGGAGGCCGAUGGCAAGUGGAAUGGACUGAAGAAACUGGGAGCAGGUGCAUUUAAGAGAAAGGCAAGAACUGCUCUGGUGGAGCAUUUGAGUCUCAUGAACCCCGAGAGGAACGAUGAGGACAUCGAUGCGUAUGCAGAACAAAAGCUACAUGAGUUGUACGCCAACAACAUGUUGGAGUUUCGAGCGCCUUUCUACGCACUCGAAACGGCACCGUCUCGUGGCAUUGACUGGCGCAUGCCGCAACCUCCGCCGGCCGGUCAGCAUCCGGGAGGRGGUGGUGGAGGAGACGAAGGAGACGGCGGAGGUGGCGGAGGAGACGGCUCACAGUUUGCCAGAAAGGGGACGGGCGAGACAUCGUCGGUUGAGAAGGCGUCCGGCGGAAAGGGGUCGGGCGGAAAGGGGUCGGGCGGGAAGCGGUCGGGCCGGAAGGGGUCGGGCGAAAAGCGUAGAACGUCCGGGAGUCCCCAGUAUAUGGAAACUGACCCCCACUGCGUAGGGAGUCGAGUUUCCGACAUGCGAGACGAGGCCACCCUGACGUCUGAUCAAGUGCAAGUGCAAGUAGAUUCCCGUUGCCCAGGAGAGUCCAUCCCGCCGUGCACAGCAGAGGUCUCUUGUGCUCAACACCUUGCUCUUGAAAGAGGGCGCGUCUUCGUUUUGCCUGGAGGGAGGGAUGCCUGCAUUGCGAAGGAGCGAAGGUGCGACCUCCGGUUCCCUCGGCUCGGGCGACCGCCACAAACUCCGAAUACAUUCGGAUUUGCUGACGUCGCCCUCCGCCAUAAGUGCUCCUCACGCAACAACUGGCGGUCUCGCGACGUGCUGGAGGGGCCAGCUCCAGGAGUGUUGGAGACCGUGGGUAGCGAGAACGAACGUCACACUCCUGGGGAAGACGAGCGCUCUCCGGGAACGCGUGCUUUACAUCGGGAAGAGGGAACUCAACGCUGGCAGUCUCCCAAAGUGUUGGAGAGCGGGGGUAGCGAGUGUGAACGUCAUGCUUCGGAGGGUGCGUCCGUGGACAUUGACAGCGAGAGUGCAGGAGCUCCGGGGGAAAUGCAUGUUGUACAGCGGGGAGAGGACACUCGACACGGGCCGGCUCGUGAAGACGUGAAGUGGCUCCACGCACGAGCGCUGGUGAUCGGGACGUCCGAAGAGGUUCGGUACAGUCGCUCGGCUGUAGCCACGACGCGAGAGGGUGUCGUUAAGGGAGGUCAGUGGACGUCCGUGCAAGCUCCCGUUCUUAGCGACGAUCAAGACGAAGAAGAACCCGCGGUGGAAGCUCGGGUUCAUAGCGAUGAGAAAGGCGAAGAACCCAUGGUGGAAGGCUGUGAGGUGACUGCCGACAUCCAGACGGAUCCACAGCGGAAAGAUGGUGAUUCUUCACCCACCCGUUGCGGUGAAGAACAGGGUGGUCGAGCGUCUGUCGUGAGCACCGCUCGGGGAAUGGUGCUUCGUGAAGCCAUAGAGUUGGGUGACGACUCGGCAGUCACCGAGCUGGUUAGCGACUCAGGCGUGGCCGAAAUGCAGAACGCCGAAUCCUCCGUGGAAGGCGGUGAGGUGGCCGUCAGCAUGAAGAUGGAUCCUGAGCGGAAAGAUCAUGAUUCUCCGUCCACCUGUUGCGGUGCCGAACAGGGUGAUCGAGCAUCUGUCCUCAGUACCGGUCGGAAAAUGGUGCUUCAUGAACCCAUCAACAUGCCAAGCGACUCAGCUGCCACCGAGCUGGUUAGCGACACAGCCGCGGCCGAGGUCCAGAACCUCGAAUCGUCCGUGGACGUUGGCGCAGUGGCGCGACAGGAGGGCGAGUUCCCUCAAAGGGCUUCCGAGCACGGUGUGAGGUUGUUAAUGUCCCUGCCCAUGAAGCCUUUAAAAGUCGUGCGCGAGAAACGUCUUUCAGGGAGGUCAUUGGCCGCUUCACCGAAGAAGUCGUCAAGUGUAGGGUUGUUUAAAAGGGUCCAGAUGCCUCGCCUUUCCCAGAGAGCUGUCAGGGUUCUGAAAGCUUGUAGAAUAGAUAAGGAGGAAGGUCUGCGGAAAUAUUUGGCUGCGUCUAUUGAGAGCGUUACUGCUUUGUCUGACGGGUCUGAUGACGAUGGCAAACGGGGUGUCUUGAAAGACCCGUGUCCGAAGUACAUCGCGAAGGACACAUUCAACAAGCGGGGAUACAACUUUUCUGGGAAAAGGGCAGACAGUUCUUAGCCAUUCCACCACGGGGUUUGUGCUCACUCCUCACACUUGUUCGUGGGUGUUUGUGCAGUUGGGGCUACAUCAUGUUUUCGCGUU